AUGAGUGCUGGCGGAGCUUUCGGCGGCAACCGGGGGCUGCGGCCGGUGCCACCGGAGAAGGGCGUCUUCCCUCUGGAUCACCAGCACCAGUGCGACGUGGAGAAGAAGGAGUACCUCGCCUGCCUCAAGACCUCCGGCUACCUCUCCGAGAGGUGCAGGCAAUUCUCCAAGAAGUACCUGGAGUGCCGGAUGGAGAAGAACUUGAUGGCCAGGCAGGACCUGUCCGAGCUAGGGUUCUUGAAGGAUUCUGGGGCUCGGAUUGACCCUCCUGAGGAUUCCAAGGAGAAUGGGGCCGCUAUUACCCAAGACUGA